AUGGAGUCCAGCACCACUCCCUGUUCCGAGCCGCCAUGUCCGCUUCAACAAUUGCCGAGACAGGCCACGAUCGCCCCAUCUACCCUUGACGUAAAAGGGCCUGGUUCAGAUCAUCUCGAGCAGGUACCGAGCGCCUACAAGACAUCGCAUGGUUUAUACGAUGCUUGGAGUUGCGAUACGGGUAGUAACAAUGGCCUGCUUUGGUCUAGCGCUCGGUCAUCCGAGUCUGAUCUUUUCUAUGGUCUCUCUACUCUAAUUCCCGGAUUGCGCCAGCUGGAUUCUGGAGCUCGGGCUGCAACAAAGGCCGAACGCAAAAUCACGUUCUUGGAAGGUUGCCGGCUAUACCCCAAGGCGAUGGCGUGGUCGAUGGUCGUUUCUUCGACCCUCAUCAUGGAAGGGUUCGACACUCUACUCAUAUUUUCUUUCUUCUCACUUCCUGCCUUCAAGCGACACUAUGGCGUGCCAAGCAGGAACGGCGACUAUGAAAUUCCUGCUCGCUGGCAGUUUGCUCUGUCCACGGGGGCGGAGGCAGGGGAGAUCGUUGGAUUGCUUCUGAACGGCCUGCUGGCUGACCGCGUUGGAUAUCGCAUUACUAUAUCUGCCGCUCUCGUCUUUCUAUUCCUUUGCAUACUGUUACCCUUCUUCGCAGUCAAUCUGCAGACGUUGCUUGCAGCGCAGAUCUUGUGUGGAAUCCCCUGGGGCGUCUUUCAGACGCUGACGAUCAACUACGCCGCCGAAGUGAUGCCAGUGGCCUUGCGCGCAUACCUUCUCAGCAGCAUCAAUCUAUGCUGGGUACUCGGUCAGAUCCUCGCCACGGGUGUGACUCGUUCAUUGGCCAACAACGAGUCCACGCUGUCCUUUCGCCUUCCAUUUGGGCUCCAGUGGGCGAUCGGCCUGCCCAUUUUGGUUGGCGUGAUUUUGGCUCCAGAAUCACCAUGGUGGCUGAUCCGGCACAACCGACCACAAGAGGCCAAAAGGGCAUUGUCACGGCUGACACGGAGUGGCGUCAGCGUGAAUGAGACGGCCGCCAUGUUGACACAUACCAACGAAGUCGAAAAGCAUCUGACGGGUGGCGGCGCCAUCUCAUACUUGGACUGCUUCAAACGUGUCGACCUUCGACGAACAGAGAUUACGUGCAUCGUCUGGGUCACCCAGCAAGUUUGUGGCAGCAGCCUGAUGGGCUGGUCCUCAUACUACUACAAGCAGGCCGGAUUCGACACCAGCCAGGCUUUCAGUUUAACAGUCGGGACCUUUGGCCUGGCAAUCACUGGCGGGAUAAUCUCUUGGUUCCUACUGCCCCGCGUGGGUCGCCGCACACUUUACCUUUCAGGGCUUUUGGUCAUGCUUCUCACUCUACUUGCUGCAGGGUGUGUCAGCGUAGCUUCGACAGCUCGAUGGCACUUGUGGACUCUUGGCUCUCUUCUCGUCUUCCUGACAUUCGUAUACGACAUGACCAUCGGGCCAAUAUGCUACGUGCUGGUAGCUGAGAUUCCCUCCACGCGGCUCCGUGUCAAGACCGCCGUUCUGGCCCGCGUGGCGUACAACUUGUCCGGCGUUCUCAUCAACUGGAUGACGCCGAAGAUGUUGAGUCCCGACGAGUGGGACUGGAAGGGCAAGUCUUGUUUCUUUUUUGCCGGGACUACCUUUUUGUGCUUGGUUUGGUGCUACUGGAGGCUUCCGGAAACCUUUGGCUUGAGUUAUCUUGAGAUCGACAUUCUGUUCGAGAAGAAAGCGAAAACCAGCAAGUUCCGCGAACUUCAGAACAACCUUCAAGAUCGAGGCUAUUUUGGCCUCAGUGGAGACGAGUGUCCUUUUCGCGGGUACUGA